CUAAAGAACCCGAAUUUUCUCUCUCUUAAUAAAAUCCGAUCCGAGUUUCCUUCGUAUCCUGUCAAUGGAAAUAAGUACACACAGAAACAGACAAUAGAAUUCAAUCCCAUGUGAAAGACACUAGUAUCAUAAAUAAGUAUGUUAUUAUUACAGGAUUUUGGUGAUUGACAAGUCCAAUAAUUGUGUGACGUUGAUAAAUUGAUUCUGAUUAUUUUCCCAUUUGCGGAUUAUACUGCGAUCGAUUUGGGAGCAUAUAUUUUAUUCAAGAGGAUUGGGACUUGAGACGAAUAAUUUUAGUAACUGGACAGACAGACCUUGUGUUAAAAAUAAGAAUAGUUGUGUCUUAACGUCAAAAGUGGUAUUUUAUCAUGACUGUUUGAGACUAUUUAAGAGAGUGACUUUCUUAAUUAGUUAGAACAUUAUAAAAUUGGAUUAAGAGGACUAUUACAUUUUUAAUUGAAGAGUUAGUACGGGGUGUACAAAAUAGGGGGACAAACUGUAUCGCAAAUUAAAAUUGCAGGGACUGAAAAUCCGACUUUAUCGGGAUCGGUCAACAUCUGACGACGACAGGAUGGAAUUAUCCAGUGUGGGAGAUCAAGUUUACGCUGCAGAGCGGAUAUUAAAGAAGCGUGUCAAGAAGGGGACUGUCGAGUUUUUUAUCAAAUGGAAAGGAUGGAGUUCCAUUCACAAUACAUGGGAACCAGAGGAGAAUGUUUUGGAUUCAAGACUGAUUGAAAUGUUUGAAGAGAGUCAGAAGGGCACAACCGUGAAACCGAAUAAGCGAGGUCCCAAGCCAAAGCUAAAGGUUAAAGCACCAGUUGCCAAGGAGCGUGGCAGAGAUCGGGACAGAGACAGAGACAUGUCGCCAAUGUCACAAAAAAGCAAAACAAGCGAGACCAGUCGCGAAUUUUCUAAAUCCAAGUCGCCUUCAAGCAUGGACGAUGACGAAGACUCUGAAACUGACGAUGAAGAGGAAAAGCUCAGAAAGAAGGAACGAUCCCCAAGAAAAGACACGCUUAAGAGGAAGGCUGAAGUUAUUCAGGAAUCUGGAAAAAUCGGAGUGACCAUUACAACAACCCCCAAAACUAGUCCUGUCCAUCAACAAAACAGCAAUAGUGGUGGAAGUGGUAAAGGGGACAAGGACUCUCCAGUAUCUCCUCCUCCAGCCAAAAUAGCACGCACAAACUCCAGCACGUCCCCACAAAGGAAGCCAGAAACUAAUAAGGAGACCCCAAUAAAAACCGCUGAAAAAGACCGAAUUACCAAAUCCCCUGCGAAAACGGUGGAACGUAAAAAUUCUGUGACUUCGUCAUCAAUCUCGGCCCACACGGGUGGAACUGCAACCCGUGCCCCUGCCCGACCCAUCAGUCCGACCAAGCUCGCCACGUCGACGCCUGUAUCGUCCUUGGCGAAUGGUGGCGGAGGUGGUCCAGGGAAAGGUCGUAGCCUCUCCUUCCACCGUGAAGAUAAUAAUAAUUCGACUUUCCAUUGCAACGCCAGUAUCAAACUGGAGGAAGAAAAUAAUAACGCUCUCCCCGCCGAGUAUUGGAGGACGCGACAACCCCUCGCAGACCAGAUCGUCAUCACGGACGUGACCGUGAUGGAUAUGACUGUGACGAUUCGGGAGUGCAAAACAGAGGCAGGGUUCUUUAAGGAGAGAGAAGACGCAGAAAAAUUGGCGAAACAAGUAAAAGAGGAGGAGGCAAAAAUGCUUCGCCAGGCGCAACAACAGCACCUUCACGGACGGCCAGCAGGGAGUAGUCCAUCCUCAUCGCAUUUUAAUGGAGGUCAAAACGGUGGCUACACGUCGACACAAACCUCGUUAAAUGCGUUGUCCUCGUCCGCAAAAUAAAUAAAUAAUAUGUAUAAUUUUAUGGCUUAUAAGUAUGCCAUAAACUAUACUAACUUGAGCCCUAUGCAAACUUUGAGUGUAUCGUAGAAUUUGCAGUUUUGGUCCUUAAACAAGCUGCAUACAAUUUCGACCUAUGUGUGUAUUACUUUAACGUAACGUAUUUUAAUGAAAUACUUUAUUUUUAUUUCAACCGGUGCAAUUUGAGUUACUAUAUUUUACUUUGUUUCUUUUAACUUUACGUAAAUAUAAUGGUUUAUCACUACUAUUUAGUUUAAAUUACGGACUGAAAAUGUAACUGUACGGCAAUAGUUAGUGUUUGGAACCUUACAAUGUAUGUAUGAAGGAAUAGACCCAGUUAUAUAGUACCUGUAGACAUUUUUUUAACGAAAAAGAAGCAUCCUUUCUUAUUAAUGCAGUAUUUUGCAAUUUUUGUUAUCAACAAUGAAACAUUUUAUUUACAUUUUAAGCCUCUAGCUGACCGAAAUUUUCUUAUGGUUAAUGUAUGCAUGUACAUAGAACCGUAGAUAUUGUGGUUUGAUGGCAUUCAUGUCAAUGUACAUAAAUUGACAGAGUUGCUCUUGUACAUACAUGCAUUUUUUUUUAGAUAGUAACAUGCAUGUAAUGUAUCACAACCCUGAACCUUAGGAGGGGAGCUUGCGAGCUCCCCUCCUUAGAUGAAAGAACGUGUUAAUCUUUAUUGUUGAGUUUAUGAAAUCGAAUUCUAUAUUCUUGGUAGAAUUGUAAAAAAAUAGUAACACAACGUGUCUAUUAAAUUUAGAUCAACCAACAGCAGCCUCAUCCUUUGAAAUCAGUACGUAAUAAAUUUUAGUGUAAUUGAUACUAUGUUUGCAAAAUAAAGAGCAAUUACAUAAUUACACCACAUUUA